AUGGGGGCCCCUCCCCUUUCUGCGCCUCCUGGCGCCUCCGUCAUAGAGCAGCAUCUGCCUCGUCUGCCGUCUCUGUCUUGGUGGUGCUUUCCGCUGAUGGCUGCGUUCUGCUGCAUGCAUUUGCUGCUGCAGCGUCUGCUGCAGCGUCUGCAGCAUCCCGGUUGGCAGCAGCGGUUGCCGUUGCUUCAGCAACACCUCUGGCCCCGCCACGGGGUGAACCGCCUCUUGUGUAUUCUGCACAGUUCCGUGUGCGUGCUUUGGGGCUGCGCUGUGUUGUACACAGAGGGUGGUAUAGGAGGGGUAUUGUGGGGCUCCUCCUCGCUUGCUGCUGCUGCAGCUCCUGCUGAUGCUAAUGCAGCAGCUGGUUGUGGUUCUCCCCCGUAUUUCGGUGCGGAGAUGAGCGGGCUGCAGCGCGCGUUGCUGUUGUAUUCCUUUUCUUUCUUUCUCUACGACUUGCUGUACGUGUUAGCUGAAAAAGACAUCCCCACAACGCUGCAUCAUAUCGGAGCUGUUGCAGCUAUCGCCUGCAGCCUCAGCAAUUCACUAGCGGGAGCUGAACUUGUUGCUGGCCUCACAGUAGGCGAGUGCAGCACCCCGCUGCUGCACCUGCGUUACUUCGCGAGGCACUUUGCAGCUGUCACUGCAGAGGCAAAUGGGGGCCCCGCAGAGGAUCGUAAAGGCGCCCCCAGCGCAGGGAAAGUGCCCCCCAAGCCAGAGAAAGGGGCCCCUAGGGUUGAGGGAGGGGCCCCUGAGACAGUGGGAAUGGGCCGGGAGGCUGAUGGCGUUUGCCAGGAGGAAGGGGAGGGCUACGAGGGUUCAUCUGUGGGAAAUUCAGGUGUCUCUACAGUUCCUUGUGAAGAGGAUCAGCAGGCAGAGAAAAACGCAAGAAAACCACAUAAAGUACUGUUCUCGCUCCUGCGGCAGCUGCGUGAUCAGCACGUGGAGCGCCUGCUGCAGCACCAGCAACAGCAAAUGCAUGCACUCGCACCGUACAAACUUGCCACCAGACAAGAGGAAGAUUCCGGCUAUACAGCAGCACGAACAGAGAUGUUAACCAACCUGAGAGAAGCAGUUUUUGAUUUCGAACAUUUGGUGCUGCCUUUCUUCUUUGGCGCAGAGAUGGAAGCUCCGCGGUUCCAACGAAUGGACCCCCAAAAUGAAGCAGAUGAGGAGAACCAAAACUCUCAAGACCCUGCAGGACGCCCUCAGGGGGCCCCUUUGGCCUUCUCAGACGCUGAUCAGGGGCCCGUAGACAUCGAGAGGGGCCCCCAGGACCCCGACCGCAGCCUCCAUACAACAACCAACGACACACAAAAUCUACCGACAUCAUCGCCUCUGAACUCCGUUGCAGAGGCCUCUGGUCGGGCCUCCACGCUGCAGCAGACUCACAGCAGCCAGAUUUCUGCAGGCACCCUGGAAUCCCAUGCACAAACACCUUCGGAGUUGACAGCCGGCUUGGGAGGCCCAGAAGGGGGCCCCCCUGAAGACCUGGAAGGGGGCACCCAGGGGGCCCCGCAAGAAAACCCUGGCGUGUCGCUCGCUGCAUCUGCGUCAGCUUCGUCCUUGUAUUCUUCUGCAGAACUGCAGAAGUAUGCGGAUUAUGAUGCGGAUCUGUUUGAGGCCUUGGGGAAAUCCCGCUGCUGCUGCUACGGGGGGCCCCUUGCUGCAUUUGCUGCUAAAUAUGCAGCGCAGCAGUCUGCGCUGACACCCAAGGGGGUUGAAAGGUAUAUACAGAGAAGGACCCACAUAUACAGGCAAACAGACAACCUGCUACUGGGCCUCGGCGACCUCGUGGACUUCGAGGCAGCAGCAGCAGUAGCUGCUGCUGCUGCUGCCCCUCCCCUUGCUGCAGCGGAAGAAGCUGUGUCUGCAUCUGGAGGUGGCCACGAGGGCGACGAGCAUCCCCAACAGCACAUGAACACCAACAGCAGCAGCAGCAGCAGCAUCGACACCAGCAGCAGCAGCAAGGAGCUGCAGAGGCGUGCUUUGAAGUGGACAACAAAGAAGCUGUGCUGGAUGUGCGAUGACGCCGUAGCUGCUGACCCCGUCCUCCUCGAGAGUCCCAUUGCCCUCAAAUGCUGCCUUCUUAGAGAAGCAUUUGCAGCGGUAGUUCGCCAGGGGCUGAGAGAGAAACGCUUCUUCUGGGAGGCCCCAAGGGCAGGGCUGCAUCCUCCGCCAUCAUCCCUGCAAGGAGCCUCUAGCAGCAGCAACAGCAGUUGCAGCAGCAGCAGCAGUGAAGCGCUUCGCAGAGGGCGUCGCGCUGCGAUCCUUGAAGAGGUGUUUCGUGCUGAAGGGGGCAGCCAGGAGCUGUUGCAGCAGCUUCUGCAGCGGGUGGGGGAGCUGCCUGACCUUGACCUGCCCUUCGGUGGGCCCCUAAACAAGGGGGCAUCUCCUGAGGCCUUCAGGCAGAUACAGCGUGGGGGUGACAGCUGCUCAAUGGACUCUUUCGCUGAAACAGCAACAGCAAGCAACACAGUGCAGCAACGGCAGCAGCAGCAGCAGCAGCAGCAACGCAGCAGCCAGGCCCCCACGCCCAGCAGGCCUCCCCAAGAAGAGGCGGGAGGCCCGCGGGACGGGCAGCAGCCACAAAUCCUUGUAAACAACACCACAAGCCCUGCAGCAGCAGCAGCACCACCAGGGACCUCUUCUGCAGGAAGGGCUCUACAAAGCGACGUUGCUGCUGCUGCUCCUGGCGCUGCGCCUCGUGAGGGCAGCAGCAGACUGACAGGGGAUGACACAAAGCAGGAGGGGCCUGGAGUCUGCAGAGAGCAGCCGGAAGGGUUUAGGUGUUCGCGGUCGCUUCUGCGGCUGCUGUUGCAUGUUGCACAGCAGCAUUUGCUGCAGCGCCGCAUCUGUCUCAGGUCCCCUAUUGCAAAGAAAGCCGUUUCUGCUGCUGCUGCAGCUGCUGCUUCUUCUACUUCUAGUACUGCUGCUGGUGCUGCUGCGGACCGCGGCAAAGACCAUGGAGCCUCAUGCCCGGAAGAGUCAGCUGCAGGACCUGCAGAUGGCUACAACAGCAGCAACGGCAGCAGCACCAACCGCAAAACAACACCUGAGGAGACUGCAAGCCCGUCUGGCUCUCCCAGGGUUUUCUCACUGGGCAGCGAAAGAGAAACGCAUAGCGGUGUGCCGCCUACAGCAACUGCAGCGCCUGAUGCGUGUUGUGUGACUCCUGCUGCAGCAGCAGCUUUUGCUGCUGAUGCAGCUGCUGCAGUUGGGCCAGGAUCACCUGCAGCCGCACGGACGGCAGCAGCUCGCGUCUACUUCGAGGAGGGCAGAAGUGACGACUGCGAAGCAUUUUCAACUACGCAGCAGCCAGCCAAUGCUGCACAAGUCCCUCUACCUGUUUCCUCUGCUGCUGCUGCUGCUGCUGCAGGCGCUGGUGAGAGGGCUUCAGUUUCCGCAGAUGAGACAAACAAAACAUCGGCAGACAGUCGGGCUGCCUCAUCAGCAUCAGGAAGACGAAGAAAGCGGCAGCGGCGUCUCCUUGGUGCUGCUGGAGUAGCAACAGAUACAGCAGCAGCAGCAGCAGCAAGAGCCGCUGUUACGGGAUGUGUCCCUUGGGGCCCUCAUGAUAUCCGCCCAGUCAGUGAGGGGACAGGGAGAAGCGCUUGCAUGCUGCUGCAGCGCAUUGCUCUGCGUCUAUUGUUUGCCGUUGCCUUGUGCAGCAGCAGAUACACCUCACCCGUGCAGGAGCUUCAGCGGUUUGUUGCUGCUGUUGCUGCUGCUAUCAAGCCCUGCUUAGCGGCGAUUAGGGAAGUGGGUGAGCGCGUGCGCUCGUCACAGCAGCAGGACCAGCAGGAGCAGCAGGAGCAGCAGCAGCAGCAUAAGUGUUGCGGAGGGGUGCCAAACUUGGAGGGGACCUUGUUAGACUGUGUUGCUGUGCCGCUCUGCUAUGGUCUCGCCGUUAUCUCUGCAUGCCCCUGGCUAGGGCGGCUGCAGCAGAAUGCAGCAGCAGAGCUGUACGGGUUGCUGCUGGCCGCUGAUGCUGCGGUGUACGCUCACCCCGUGCUGCAGCAGCUCGUCGAGGCACUCAGCUCUGGAAGCAGAAGCAAGCAAAUCUAUGAAUUGCCGCAGCACUCGCAGCAGCAGCAGCAGCAACAGCAGCAGCAGCAGCAACAACAACAUCGACAACAGCAGCGCUUUGGUUUGCACGAGCAGCAGAUCUGUCCGCCAGGGUUUGUCCCUCAUCCCCCUUUACACCCUCUUCUGCGGGUUGUAGAGACACCCCACCCUUACUCCCGGCAGCACGCUGCGUGGACGGAGGAGGCAGCAGCAGCUUGGGCCAGCAGCAGAGGCGUGCGGCUCUCGCAGCAGCAGCAGAAGCAACAGCAGCAGCACUUCUUUUAUGCAUACCACGUCUGCUUACCUGCUGCUUCUCACAUAUUGCUGCUGUUCGACCCCAAGUCGGAGACAGAGGGCCCUUAUGAUGCUCUUUGGAUUUACCGGGGCCUCUGGUCCUGCUCUCCAUCGGAGGUGCCCCCUGAAUCUCUCCUUGCUGGGCCCUUCGGCGGCAGCAGCACGGAGGAGUCGGGGGGUUCUUUGGGGGGCCCCCAACCUCUGACGGGGGCCCCCUUCCCGAAGCAGCCCUUGGUUCUGGGGGCCCCCACCCUCACACUGCUCUUUUGUGUAGCUGAGAAAGCUCCCCCGUCUCUCUCCUCUAACUGCAGGCCUAAGGGCUCUAUGUGGGGGUUUAAAGUCUACUGUCUUGGACAGCAGUGGGGACUGCCACCAGCAGCAGCAGCAGCGGAAGAAGCUGCAGCUGUUGCUGUUGCAGCACAACAACAGAGCUGCAGCAAAAGACAAGAAUUCGAAACCCCACAACUUAGAAAUGCUGUAGCCCAGCUCAGGUCAACGGCUCAUGCUGACGAAGGCAACAGCAGCAACUGCAACAGCAGCAGCAACAGCAACGGCAGCAGCAACAACAGCAACAACAACAACAACAGCAACAACAGCAACAGCAGCAGCAACAACAACAACAGCAGCAGCAGCAGCAGCAUAGUGGAUACGGAUGGGGGGUCCUCUUGCUCAUCUUCGCCUGUGCAGCAGCAACGGGGGGAAGGGCUGCAUCUGUUAGUGGAGUUUGUGUUGGCUUGCAGUGCUGCUGUUGCAGCAGCCACAGCAGCGCUGCUGCGGGGUUCUCCUGCUGCUCCUCACGAGCAGCAGCUGGGGGGGGCCCUAAACUCCCUGCUCUUUGCUGGCGGCUACCGCAAAGAGCGAAGCCCCUGCGUACGCCGGCUGCUGUCGCGCUGCAAGGAGACACCUGAGACCCUCGCUCUGCUGCAGCCCUGGAAAGGAGACAGAAGGAGACAUAUACAGCAGCAAAAAGGCACGAGGGCUCCUCACCUCAGCACAGACACAGAAAGCCUCGAAGAGACAAAUCGCCACAGAGGAACCCACCAGCACAAGCAACAGCUAGGGCAGCCGCAGCAGCAGCACCAACACCAACAGCAGGAUACGCAGCACCCAUCUGACUGGUGUUCAGCCCACUCCUCUCGGGGCCCGUCUGCUGCUCCUGCAGCCUUUGGUCUCGCCCAUCCCGGAAGGAGCAGCAGACGACAGCAAGAGCAUGAAGAACAGACAGCCAAGGGGCCCUCACUGACACAGGGGAACCCCUGGGGCCCCCCUAAUGAAGCGUCUGCCAGCUCGGUGCAGCAGCAGCCUGUUGUUGCUGCAGCACCGCCAAGAGAUGCCAUAUGUCCUGCAGGAGCAGCAGGAGCAGCACAGGCAACAGGAGCAGCAGCACCUCCAGUCAGUGCCGCUGCUGCUGCUGGUGGAGGAGGGGAACGCUGCUGCACUCCAGACCGCCUCCAGCAUGCGCUUGCACUGGGGGCCCCUUGGCAUGGGGAGCUGAAGCACCUGCAGAGACACCCCGAAAGUAUCUGCUACAUCCUAUGGACAGGGAGCCCUUUAGGGAGGCCCCUGGCGCUUGUGCUUGAGGCAGCAGCAGCAAUCUUCAGCAGGAGGGGUCCCCCUCUCGCCCUGGGUAAGAGCGGCAGAUCUAUGGCGGGGGGGGCCCUCAUCAGCGAAACAGUGGGCGGCCUCAGUCUGCAGCUAGCUGUCAGGGCCUACUGCUGCUGCCUGUUGCACCACCUGCACAUGCACAAGUUGCUGCUGUCGCUGCUCUUGGCUCUGUUGCAGCGAGUGCCUGAACUCGUGGAUGCAGCAGCAGCAGCAGCCGUACACAGCAGCAGCAGCAACAGAAGCAAGUUGGAUGCAAUUGUGAAGGCACAGGCCUCGUGGCUAGCUGAUCAGCAGCAGUUUGCUGCUUUGGUUUUCGUCUGGGCGGGGGGGCGCACGUUAAGACAGUGGGCUGUGGGGGAGCGGCAGAGGGCGGUGCUAGCCGCUGAGGUCAAGAGGAGAGACCUUGCUGCUGCUGCUGCCUCUGCUGGCGGUGAUAGUGCAGAUCGUUCCGUUGCUGCGACGUUUGCGGGGCAGCAGAGGCACCAAAUGCAGCAGCUGCUGCAGCAGCAACUCCAGCACCAACAGACCCUGUCCUGCUAUUCCUUUUGGGCAGCAGUACUGCUGAGUAAGGCGGCCCUGCUGAUGCGACUUAAACCUUACUCCAGCAGACAACGAAAGAGAGAAGAGCGAGAGUUGCCAUACAGCCUCGUAGCAGCAGGUCUGCAGCCGCUGCGGACAGCAGCAGCAACAGCAACAGCAACAGCACAUGCAUCCCGCGGGGGCCUUCAUCUCCCCAGACGCAAGCAACGCGACGCUCUCUUCAGCGCCAGCAAAGGCAGCUGCGCAAGCGAUAUCCCUAUCCAUCUCAGCAGCAGCUUGACACACCUCAGCAGCAACUGCAGCAGCGACAGUCUGCUGCUGCACGGCUCAGAGGUAGAGCACCUCCCUACUGCUGCUGCUGCUGCUGCUGCCGGACAGCAUUCCUUCGUUUUAACUCCAGUCUCCGCGUCACACUCUGCUGCCACAACCCCAGCAGCAGCAGCAGCAAGAGCAGCAGCAGCAACAGAGGCUGCUGCUGCGGCGGCUUCUGGGCAUGAUUCAGAUACAGAGGAGACAGAAGAAGAGUACAGCCAUCAAACCCUCGCUAAUGUCUUGGCCUUUCUCACUGCCUUAAACGGCAGGGGGGGGACCUUCGUGCCCAUGGGGUCUCCGAAACCCGUCUCCGCCAGCAGACACGCAGCAGCAGAAGCAGCAGCAGCAGCAGCAGCUAUGCCGACUACCACGCCAGACGGACCGCUACGGCAGUGUAAGAAGACAAUCCUUGCUUGGCAACGCAUGCAGAGAUGCAGGGCAGCAAGGCGACUGCAGCAGCAGCAGCAGCAGCAACAGCAAGAGAAGGAAGCUGCAGCAAGAAGCAUCUCCCACGGAAUUGCUGCUGUCUUCUUCGCUGCUCCCCCUGCGCUGCCGCCAACUGCAGCGCGGGGCCUAACUGCUGCACUGAGGGCUGUGCAAGCAUCAGCAGCAGCAUCUGCUGCGGCUGCUGUUGCCUGCAGCGCCGGGAUACAGCCGGAAGCACAUCAACAGCAACAAUUGACAUCCCUAGCUGCUUCUGCUGCUGCUUCAGCUGCUGCCGCAGUUCGCUCUGCAUGUACUGCAGCAGCAAAUGCAGCAGAAGCAGCGGCAGGGCCCACAGCUGUUGCUGACUCUCCUGGCGCAGAAACUGCUGCUGCCGUUGCAGCUGGUGCUUCUGCUGCUUCUAUGGAGUCUGCCGACAAGGGCCAAGACGUGCUACUCGUUGGGGGCCCGCUGCAACAGCUGCUACUAGUUCAGUGCAUAGGCAAAGCAGCAGCAGCAGCAGCAGAAGACAUGGUGAAGGAGGUUACAGCUGCUUCUGGCACAGCUGCUGCUGCUGCUGCUGCUGCUCCAGCACUGUCUUUCCACCGGUCCCUCACAGCCUCUCACGCAACCUCAGAGACGCCGGGUGGUUCUGAAGCGACAGGAGCAGCAGCAGGAGCAGCAAGGGGGGAGAGCAGCGACAAUGCGGCGCCCUCCGUGUUUGCUGGUGCUAUUGAAGCAGUUAGCAACGCAGCAGCUGAUGCAAAGGAAGCAGAAGAUGAAGCCGCAGCAGCUGCUGCUUCUCCCUCCGGCCCCCUCGAUGACCUUAGCUGCCUGGGAGAUGUGUUGCGGCAGCGCCGUCUGCGGGCCGAGGGGAUGCUGCAGGGUUUAGAUUUGCUGCAGCAUGCGCUGCUGUCCCUUCAGGGGCCCUUGUCUCUGCGUCUGCUGCUGCAAGUGCUGCGCUCUAUGGGCAGUGAACAGCCUUUAGGAGUGCCGCUGCCUCACUGGGGACCGCAGGCAGACAGCAGCCUGCAACUGGACCCCGCGCAGUGCUUUCGGUGGCGGGGAUGGAGGAGCAGCAGCAGCAGCAAUGCGCCGUGCUUGCCACACUAUCCUUUCUUCAGGCCUUACGAAUUCCCCAGGGGAGGAGGCGAUCCCCAGGAAGCAGCAGCAGAAGAGCGGAGACAGCAGAUGGACCUCUUUUCAUCUGUCAGGGGCUGUGGGGUGCAGCUGGAGAGACAGCUGCAGCUGUUUCACUAUAGAGCGGUUGCUGUGGCAGUGCUGUUGGCAGACCCAAACGCGCAGCAGCAGCAGCAGCAGCAGCAGCCGCAGCAGCGGCUGCUGCUGCAGCAACACGAUGACAGCUGGACCUCGUACAGCCGUCAGAAACUGCCAAUGCCACGAGAUCUAAGUUCAUCCCGGGACGCAGCUGCUCCCGCUGCUGCUUCUGCCGCUGCUGCUGCUACUUUUGCUGCGCAUGCGACUGAGCAGUGCUUACCGCAGCAAUGCCCCACGGUCUGCAACACUGCCCUCUCUGUGCUGGGCUUUGUCCCGGUCUCUGCAGGAGAGAGGCUGGCCCUGCAGCAAUUUGGGUUGCUUGAUGCAGCCUUUGCCGGCGCUCUCCCCAUACUUCAGCAGCAGCAGCAGCAACAGAAACAGCAACAGCAGCAGCAGCAGCAGCAGCAGCCGGUUCUGUAUCCCCCUCCCUACAACAGCUCUGCAAACAGCAGCAGCGAGGUUUGUCCCUCACCAGCAACUGCAGCAACAAGAACAACAACAACAGCAGCAGCAGCAGCAGCGCAGCAGCAGCAGCAGCCUGCUGCAGUUAAGGAAAUGGCGUUUUUCCUUUCUUGGGAGUCAACAGCCAAUCUGUUUGCUGCACUGCUGGUUCUGCUGCUCUCGAAGAUGUUCACAUCAGACACGGCCGUCCUUCGGCAGCAGCAUCGAUUGGCAGCAGCAUCAGCAGCAGCAGCAGCAGCAUCAGCAGCAUCAGCAGCAGCAGCCGCAGCAGCAGCAGCAGCAGCAACUGCCGCAGAAGCAACCGACGCAGCAGCUGCUGCAGGUGCUACUCCUGCUGCCUUUUCUGCAGCAACAUCUGACCACUGGUCUCCCUCUGCAAGUCUCCAGAGCUGGGCGACGGACUUGAAGGGGUUCGCGGAGCUGCAUCAAUUCUGCACUUCUCUCUGCUGCAGCAGUAGCAGCAGCAGAAGGCUGGAUGCCUGCGCUUGGGGCCCCACAGCUUUCUAUCUCCAUUCGGUUCUGUCUUCGGAAGCACUUGCUGCUGCAGUAUCUUUGCUGCUCGCUGGCGGCAGUCCCAGACUGCAACGGCAAGCUGUCAUGCUGCUGAAGUUGCUGCUGCCCCUCAGCAGCCAACAGCAAACAGCAGAAUUCCUGCUGCCGGCCUUUAGAGCCCUUGGGGGGGCCCCACUGUAUCCCGCCGGGGCCCUCAGGGACGUGCUGCUCAACGCUGUUGCUGUUGCUAACCGCCGUGGCUCAUAUUUUCUUAGGCCCACACAAGCCAUGCACCAGCAGCAGCUGCAGCAGCGCCACCUGCAGCAGCAGCUGUACUUGCUGCUUCUGCACCACAAACACGCUGGCACCUCUCUCACUUCCUUUUCUGGCUCUUGCAGCCCCAUGUCGGCUUCUUCAGCUGCAGUAGCAUCAGCGGCAGCAUCAGCGGCAGCAUCAGCAGCAGCCUCCGCAGCAGCAGCAGCAGCGGCAGAGACAACCACGGAAGACGUGGGCCGUGCUGCAGCAGAAGCUGCAGCAGCUGGUCACAGCAGCGCCCCUGCCUUAUCUGGCCCCUUGAGAGGGAUGUGUCCUCUCGCCUGCAGCGGAGAGAGCGACAGCAGCAGCGGCAGCAGCGGCAGCAGCAGCAGCAUCGCCGCACAGCUCGCAGAGAGCCUCCUUGCAGCAAUUGGCUGUGGCGUGGCGGUGUGCAGACCCGAAACGAUCGCCACUGCAGCGCUACAGCAGCUCAGUGCAGAAGUAGCAGCAGCACCAUCAGACGCAUCAGCAGCCCGAGCCAGCAGCAGCAACAGCAGCAGCAGAAACAGCAAGUCCUUGCGGUUUCUAGCGUCACCUAUGGCGUUUGCUUUGGGGGAGUGUUCAUCAGGUCUUUCUCAGCUGUCUCGACACUGGGAGGAGCAUCUCUUGCAUCAGCUGGCUCACCGCGGCGACGUGCUGCACAGCCAUGGCAGCAGCAGCAGCAGCAGCAGUGGCACUUGCAUCCCCACAUCUCUACUUUCGCACACGUGCACAGCUAGCCAGCAGGCGGCGCUGUCUCUGGAGUUGAGGGGACUGCUGCGGCAGCUGCUGCUUUGCUGCCAGUGGGGCCCCCCCAUACGCCAGCGGAUUCGGGCGGCCAUGGCCUACAGCAGCAAACUGCUUGAGGAGGGUGCUCAGGUGCUGUUGCAGAGUGCAGCAGAUCACGCCCUGCAGCAGCUGCAGCUGCUGCAACAGCAGCAACCACAACCACCUCAAAAUCACCACUUGCAGCCGCACCCGCAGGCACUCUGUUCGCACCAGGUACAGCAGCAAGCAAAGAUACUGCAGCAACAACAUCAGCCGAAGCAGCACCACAGCGAGCUGGAGCAGCAGCAACAGCAGCAGUUGCACGGCCCUCAAGCAGCUCUGGAGGAAAUUAUAGAGCACACCGAGCACAGUUCACUCGACUGCUCGCAGCAGAAGCAACAGCAGCAGCAGCAGCAACAGCAGCAAGCUCAACAUAAUCAUCGACACCACCAUCACCACCACUACCAACACCACUCACACGGCUCCGUCGUCCAUAUGGACCCUUGCGGAUGGUUGAUGGAUGCAUGCAGCGCAGCAGGGAGGGCCGCAGCAGCUGCAGCAGCAGCGGGAGAAGCAGUAGCAGCAGCAGGAUCUGCCCAGGACGGGGCCCCUCUAUGGGGCCAGGCUGUCUGUGAGGCGCUGGGGGCCCUCGCUGUGCUUGGGGGUUCCCCCGAGUUCUUAAGGGUUGGCAGUUCUUUACAGUCGGACAGCAGCAACAGCAGCGAUUUGUUGCAGCAGCAGCAGCUGCAGCAGCUGCUGCAGCGCCAGAGCAGCAGACUCGUGAUGCUGUCCAAGUACGAAGGCCUCGCCUUGCUGCAGGUCCACGAAGGAGACAGACCCGUGAUGCAGCUCAGCCGCGUGAGUGCAGCAACAGCAGCAAACCUUUGCGAAGCAGACGGACAUGCCAUUGCGGAUUUGUUGCUCAAAGGGGCAGAACAACAGCAGCAACAGCAGCAGCAGCAGCAGCAGCAGGACGAAAACGAGCAGAAGAGGCGCGUUAGGGAUCCUAACGCGCCUGCACCGACAGCCGCUUCGUCUGCAGCAGCAGCAGCAGCUUCUGCUGCUGCUUCAACUACAGCAGAAGGCAGCAGAGCAGCUGUAGGCCGGAGCAAAGAGACAGAGGCGCUGCUAAAAGAAAUCGUGCGGCUGACGUUGGCAGCAGAAAAGGGAUUGCUGGAGGAGUCGCCUGAGCCCUGCGCAAAACCAGGAGCAGGAACAGCAGCAGAAGCAGCAGCAGCUGCUGUUGCAGCAGCAACUGCAGCGCAUGAAACAACAGCCGAUCGGGUUGCUUGGCUGCCAGCUGGGCGCGUGGCGUCGUUGCUGCUGCUGCAGCUGCGGACAAUGGCUCUCUCUGCAGUGAGCGAGCUGCUGCAGAGUCGGCAGGUUGCUGCUUCUUUGCUGCUGCAGCAGCAGUUGCUGCAGUCAUUGCUGGUUGUCUGUCUCCGCCCCAUAUCUGUCCCCUACUUAGAAGGCCUGGAGGAGCUGAGGGGCCUCUCGCUGCGGCUGCGGCAGCUGCUGCGGGACAGGCUGCAUGGCUGCGUAGCUAUUGAGAACCGCUUGCUGCUGCGAGCGACUGCAGCAGACACGCUGCAGCACUGCCCCUUUGCAGGCCUCCCGCUGCUGCUACCCACAGCCUGGGAAAGACGCACGGCCCUGGGGUUUGCCUGCCCACCCGAAGAUUGGACCGUCCUGCUGCAGCCACAAGAAAAGGUGAAGCAGCAGCAGCAGCAGCAGCAGCAGCAGCAGGGGGAAGGAGGUUCUGCAGAGACCCAACCGAUAUCAACAAACCCCUUCGCCCCUGACGAUGCAGAGGCCGCCGUAUGCGACAAGCAGCAGCAGCAGCAGCAGCAGCAUCAGCUACAGCAGCAGCAGCAACAGCAACAGCAACAUCAUCAGCAGACAGAAGGCCGGCUGUUGCUGCUCCCGGAAGCUCCCGUCAGCUGCACCAGUGGGGGACAGAGCCUAUCGGACACUCUCUUCUAUACUGCAGCAAUGAAACCCACUUUGGAAAGUGCAGCAGCAGCAGAAGCAACAGCUGCUAAACAAGCAGCAGCUGCUGCAGAGGAUGAGGCAGAGGCAGCAGCAAAGCGAACACAAGCAGCUGCAGCACAGUGCAGCCAGCUACAGAACAUUGCCCAAGCCAACCGGGCAAUUCCUACGUCUCUGCCUGCGUACUACUUUGAGGUGUACAUCGACGGCGAGGCAGAGCAGCAGCAGCAGCAAAGGCAGCGCUGCAGGAGGUGUAGGCCUUUGUGCGGCGACUCAGUAAAGAGAGAGACCGCAGCUGCUGCGGGCUGCCCUUCAGCAUGCAGGCCGCAGCAGCAGGAGCAUACUGCUGCUUCUGAUGUCUGCCGCAUCUGCAGCAGCAAGAACAAUGAGGCUGACAUUCGACCUAGCAGUAGCAGCAGCAGCAGCAGCAAGUGCUGCCCUUUGGUAGCUGUAGGUCUGCACGUAGACGGAUGCGCCCUCCGGGCAGGCGGGAGCAGCAUGAGCAGCGGCUAUCUAUACUGCAGCAGUGGGUUGCUGCUGCAUGGAGCCUCUGCUGCAGCGCCAGCUGCAGGUUGUGCUGCUGCAUACGGAAGCGGCGACACAGUUGGAGUGCUGCUGAACGCUAGGCAACGCUCCAUCAGCUUCACUAAGAACGGUUGCCUCCUGAGUGUUUCUCCCUGGGUCACCAGCAGCAGCAGCAGCUGCAGCAGCAACCUGGACAGCAGCAACAGCAACCCGAAAAGUAGCAGCAGCAGCAGGCAGGCCUUCGUCGCUUUCAAAGACGUGCGGGGUUGCUUCCGCCCUGCUGUGUGGGCUGCGUCUGCCAUGGGGGGGGCCCCCCUGCGCCUCAGAGCCAACUUUGGGGGGGCCCCCUUUCGGUACCCAUUUGCUGCUUCUCUAGACAGUGCAGACCUGCAGCAGCUAUGUGCGGAUAUGGGGCUGCCUCCAGCCUCGCUGCAGCUUCCGGCUCGACUGCCGCCUGCGCCUAGCACUGCCACCACUACCAGCAGCAGCAGGGAGCCAUCUGUUGUUGCUGCUGCAGCUGCUACCGCUGAAGCGGAUGUAUUCGAGUCACCGACACGACCCCCAAGCGACGGGCGGUCUCCUGCUGUCUCCGCCGGAGGCCCCGUGGGGCCCGUGGUGGGCCGUGCGUGUCAAGGGUCCCUGGGGGCCCUCAGCGAGGAGGCGUUGCAGCGGCGUGCUGCAGCAGAGACGCUGCGAGAUAUGAUGGGCAGCGGGUUGUUUCCUCUGGGGCUGUGUGUCUCAGCCUUGAGGCUGCAGGGAGACGACCUGCAAGCGGCAGCAGAGUGGCUCCUCACCAGCGGCAUGGCUGAGCUCGAGGCCAUGCAAAUGCGCUUCUUAGAAGAGGCUGAUAUCCCAGAAGAAACGCAACAGCAGCAGGAGCAGCAGCAGCAGCAGCAGCAGCAACUGCAGCAAGAAGAAAUGCAGCAAGGCACACCGGGGACCGAGACAACUGAGGCCAACUGCAACAUAGACAACAGCAACGAAAACAACAACGCAAACAGAAGCCCUACCAAUAACGACAGCAGCACCAGCAACAGCAGCAGCACGAGUGGAGGGGUAGAGGAGGUUUCUCCCAGUACAGAAGAGCUCGCAGGCGACUCCCUUUAUUCGCUGAUGCAGCAUGCCAGCGAACAGGUGGCCCCAGAGUUCCAACGAGAUGAAACUCUCAACAACAACAGCAGCAGCAGCAACAGCAGCAGCAGCAGCAGCAGCAGCUUGUCUGAUGAAGUUGCUGCAGCCGUGCUGCGGAGCACAAAGUGGUACGACGACCUUUUAUCCGCAGCGGUCCAGCACCCCUCUGGUGGCGUAUCACGGGUUCCUGCUGCUGCUGCUGCUGCUGCAGGCGGGAGAGAGUGGCGGGGUCAGCUGCAGGGCUUAGACGGUCCCGGCGAGCUGCAGCUGUUACCCCCGAAGGAGCUGCGGCUGGGUCUCCUGGUGCGCAUACACCCCGCAGCAGCAUCGCUCGUACAAGGGGUUAUUGUCAUUCCAGAAGCUGCAGCAGACCCUGCAGCAACAGCACCCACCACUGCAACUGCAACAGAGUCGGCGGCAGCCACAGGAGCAACAGAAGAAACUAGCGACACUGGGGAGGCACAAUGGCUGCUGCAACAAAGUGCUGGCGGCAGCAGCAGCAGCAACAACAACAUUGAUGCUUCUGCAGCUCGUGAUGCAGUGCAGGAGUUGCUGUUUCUGGCAUCCAACUCUGCUGCUGAGGGCAACAGCAGCAAUAGCAGCAGCAGCAACGACAACAGCAGCAAAGGCGUGGUGACGACUCCAAUCGUUGAGGGACUCGUAACCUCAGCAACAGGAGAUGUGCUGCUGCUGGAGGGGCUUGCCGGACGCUGCGGCUUCAUUUGGCAGAUCGACGGCUUAGAGGAGCUGCGCCUAGCAGCAGGGGACAUAACCCCCCACAGCAGCAGCAGCAGCAGCAGCAGCAGCAGUAGCAGCAGCGGACUGGGAUAUCCUACAGUGAUACUGGAGAUAGAAGACGAAGACACAGGUGUCCGCAGACUGUUUAGGUUGCCCCAGACUGUGCUGUGCAGGGCGGGGCCCCCCUGGGGCCCCCUACAGGGGUUGGAGGCCCUUAUUGAGGGCCUCAGCGAGCAGUCCCCCCAAGCCAAUAAAGGGUACUCUGCUGCUGCAGGGGGCCCCCCUAUCCGCGCUCUGCUGACGCUGCUGGAGCGGCUUGAAGGAGCAGUCGCUGGUCUCCAGGUGCGUCAGGCUCUCCGCCGAAUGCUGGAGGCCUUUGAGGGGGCCCCUGGGGGCCCCCUUGGGGGCCCCCUUGAGGGUCCCGCAGGGGGCGUGAAGGAGCUAGGGGGCCUCUCCUCUUUUCUGAAGCUGCUGCAACUCAGCUACAGCGAGCUGGGGCCCCCUUGUUUUGCAGGGGGGGGCCCCCACCGUACAGCCACUUUGAUAUCGAGUUGCUUUGCUGUGUGGCAGCAGAGCAAGAAGAUAGCAGCAGCAGCACCGCACCUGCCUCAGCUGCAGCCCCCCUCCUUUAUGUCCUUCUUUCUCUCAAGCAGCCUGGGCGCCCCCACACUGCUGCCUAUGCCUACCCACAGCGGUACGGGAGACUUACUGAAUGCCCGGGGGGGCCUCGGUGGGCCCCCCUCUGCCCCUUUCGCAAUAUCGCCGCUGCUGCAGCAGCUGCCGUGCAGCAACCUGCAGCAGCUGCUGCGGCUGCUGCAGCUGCUGGCUCGGGCGCUGAUCUCGGAGGGGCCCCACGGGGGCCUCGUGGAGCACCUGGGGCCCUUGGUGCUGCAGCAGCUGCGUACCGCCUUCAGCCACCGGCUGUCUGUACACUGCGUGGAGUCAAAGCAUCCAUUCGGAGCGCACCAAGAGAACAUCACAACUGUCUCCUUUCUCCCUUGCCGGAGACUGCUGCUGCUGCUGGACCCCAGGACAGACCUGGGGGGAUCUGAGCAGGGCUGUACCCUUACCCUGUCAGCUGACGAGGAACAGGAGACAGUCUGCGUCACUAUCAAACACUCAGAGCUGCAGUCCGUGCGGUUGCUGCCGCAGCUGUUUAUAACUGUGCUGUGCCCGAUCAUCGAGUUCCUGCUGCAGCAGACAUCCUCCAUGGCAGAUCGUCCUGCUGCAGUGUCGCUGCUGCGGCAACUGUUUAAUAUGCUGCAGCCUCUUUCUUACUCUCCCACAGCAACUCUGCGGACCCCUGAAGAACAGCGCCUGCUCCGGCUGCAGCUGCAGCACCAACUGCAGCAGCAGCAGCAGGUAGGGAACCUGGAACUGCCUGAUACGUUCGCAUGCUCCUGCGCGGGGGGCUGUGGGGUCUCGCUGCAGCUCAGCAGCACCAUAUCUCGUCGUUUGCUGCAGCUACGGGCAGAAGCCGCUGCUGCUUUCGGGUGUCUGUACAGCCGGCUAGAGGCCGUGACGAAUGGGGGUUUUGCUGGGAGCACGAAGCUGCUGUCUGGGAUGGGGGUUCUUGCUGCUGCAGCACAAGCCGAAGCAACGGGAGAGGAGACAGCAGCAAGAGCUCGUCUCUCCCCAGAGAUCCGCACAGCAGCAGACACACACAGAGAAAUCAGCAGAGACAGGCUAAGGGCCACCACAGACGUCCUGCUGCUCUGCCACGAACACCAAAUAGACCCUCUCAUCAGGCGCCUAUGCGGCCUCGCCACACCUCCAGACACAGACAGCAGCAGCAGCAGCAGCAACAACCACAAGCAAACGAAACUGCAGCAGCAGCAGUGGCAGCAGCAGCUGCUGCUGCGAGGAGAAACAGCAGACAGCUUUCAGCCUGUGGACGGUCUCAUCCCUGCCGAUGCAGAAUCCACGGGCUCCUCCCCGGCUUCACCUUCUCAACAGGUUUCAACAAUAACAGCACCAGCAGCAACAGCAGCAACAGCAGCAGCAGCAGCAGCAGCAGAACCAGAAAUGGCCAGAUAUCCGCUGGCCGAAGCAACAAACACGCGUGCAACAGAAGGGCCCCUCGAGGGGCGCAGCAGCCACGAAGGGUUUCCCUUAAGCCAACAGAAACCUCAGGGAGGAUCGCAGCAGCAACAAAAGCAAAAACAGCAACAGCAGCAACAGAUGGAACAGCAGCAGCAGCGAGGGCAACAGCGAAAAGGCAGCUCGGAGCUCCUCUCUGCGCUUAGUAUCGCCUGCAGGUACAGACAGCAGAAGCCCUUCUUCCUCUUGCCCUUCGCUGUAGACGGUUGUCCUGCUGUCAUUGCCCAGCGGCCGUGGCCUCACCAGCAGCAGCUGCAGCAGCAGCAGCAGCAGCAACAGCAGCAGCAAUGGGUGAAUAGAGGCCAGCAGCAGCAGCGAGAGCAAACUGCUCUUGCAACAGUACCAGAGACCCUAGAGCAGCAGCAAGAACAGCAACAGGGGGUGGCUACCCAGCAGGAGCAGCAACGCCAGCACCAGGAGCAGCAACAGCAGCAGCAGCAGCAGCGCGAACAAGUUGGACCCUUGUCUCACGUUGACUUUGACGGUUUCUCGGAUCCAGUUGCGCCUUUGCAGCAGCAGCAGCAGCAGCAGCAAGCAGCAGCAGCAGCAGCAGCAAAAGCCACCCCAGCAGCAGCAGCAGGAAGAAGAGCAGCAGCACCACCGGGAUCAGCCCCGUCUGCCCGUCGGCAGCGCUCAAGUUUCUCUACACUUCCACCCGAUCGGCAGCUCUGGCUGCCGUUGCUGCAGCUCUGCGGGAUUUCAGCUGCUGCUCACGCUGCAGCAACAGCAACAGCAACAGCAGCAGCACACACUGCAUCAGCUGCUGCAGCAGAUACUUCUGGAGAAGGCGCAACGCUGCAACAGCAACAAAAGCAGCAUCAACAGGACAGGCCAAACGCGCAGCACGCAGCAUCAACGAACCCAGCAGCUGCUCCCAAGCAGCAGCAGCAGCAGCAGCAGCAGCAGGAACAGCAGCAACAGCUGCUACUCCGGCUGCUGAGUCACCUUUCGCCAUCCCAACAGGAAUUUUACUCUGCUGCAAUGACGCAAGGAAGGUUGUCAUGUAGCUCUUCAUCAUCCGUACUACCAGCAGCAGCUCCCGCAGCAGCAGGCACCGCAGCAGCAGCUCCCGCAGCAGCAGGCACCGCAGCAGCAGCUGUAGCAGCAGCAGCUCCUUCUGUAUCGAAUGCUGUGCGAGAGGCGCUGCUCAAGGAGACACUGCGCGUAUGGUUUGCUGCUGACCGCGCAGCCUCAGGGGACGAAGUAUUCAGAGACUAUGCUGAGUGGCCCCCGGGGACAGCUGUAUUUCUUACAGCCUUUCCUCCUCCUCCUUUCAGCCGCUGUCUCCUCACCGUCAACUUUCUCAAAAUAUUUGCUCUGCAGAGAGAUGCUGCGCUGCAUCACCAUCAGGCAGCAGUAGCAGCAGCAGCAGUUGCUGCUGCUGAUGCUGCUUCUGGUGCGGCUGCUGCAACAGAAACCGCAAUUCAACAGCGUCUGCAGCAACUCGAAGAACAAAUGCCAGAAGACAUAAAUGCAGCAGCAGAGGAGGGUGCAGCAGCAGGAGCAGCAGCAGCAGUUGCAGCAGAUACAGAAGCAGCUGCAACGCAAACAACAGCUGCAGCGCAGGCAGCAGCAGCUGGGUCACAGCAAAAACUACAACCGCCCAGACAGGCUUUGUCUCCUCUCUACCGUCUGCUCUCGAGUAUCCCUCUUCUGCCUUCGGCGGAGGCAGCAGCUGCUUCUGAAGCUGCUGCAGGCGUCCCUGUCCCCUUGUGCUCGGAUGCAGCAGCAGCAGCAGCAGCAGCAGGCAGAAAUAACGCGGGUGCCUCUGGUCAGGGGAGAGUGCAACAACAGGGCACUACGGAGAGCAGCGCCUCCAGCGACAGCAAGACCAGCAGCAGCAGCAGCAGCAGCAGCAUAGAAGCUGCUGCUGAUUCGCUCCGGCACCACUUUGCUGGCGUCCAAGAGGUGCUGCUGCGCUGCGUUGCAGAGACAGCGGUGAAGCAGCACCACUGGCCCGUGUUCCCCGGCGUCGUGCCUGUAGGGGAGCAGCGCACCCGCAGCAGCAGUUGUUGCUGCUGCAACAAGAGCACCAGCAGCAGCAGCGGGAAUACCCAGCAGGAGGCAGAAUCUGAAGCUAACAAAACCCUGGCUGCAUGCAGAGAUGACUUUCCUGAGCCCGUUGUUUCUGUUCCUCUUGAUGCGAGGCCCCCCUGCACCUUUUCGUUUUGGCUAUACGAUGACGAAGACGAACCCCCCACGCCGCCGCCACCGCCGCAGCAGCCACAGGAGCAGCAGCAACAGCAGCAGCAGCAACAGCAGCAGCAACAGCUAGGUAUUGCUUCGCCUCUUGAUACCCCCCAGAAUCCCAGAAGCAGCAACUUCAACAGACGAGCCCCGGGCCUUUCUGCUGCUGCUGCUGCGAAUGCGCAGCCCGUGCCGCCCCCGCCCAGCAGCGGCUCAUCCAGCGGCAGCAGCAGCAGCGGCAGAAGCAGCACGGGCUCCGGCAGCAGUAGCAGCAGCAGCAACAGCAGCAGUACAAGAACAGCAAGCUUAGGCAGCGCCCCCGAAACAGCAGUCCUCCGCUGGAGGCCCAUGAGGCAGCGCUCAGAGCUGGCGGUAACAGAAGCCCCAAGUCCAGCAGCAGCACACUCUCGAACGCCGCAGCCGCAGCAGCAACAGCAGCAGCAGCAGCAGCAGCAGCAGCAGCAGGUCGUCCGCCAGCCAAGCUGGCGAAACUCACUAGACCUCAACAGCAGGCACUCAGAAGGAGGGCCCCCAAGAACUGACAUUCGGUAUGCAGCCUCGCCGGCCCAGCAUCCUGGGGACUCUCCUCCCGUCUCCAGCCCUUGGAGGCCAGAUGAAGAAGCAGCAACUGCAGCAGCAGCAGCAGCAACAGCAACAACAGCAGCAGCAACAGCAACUGCUUCGGGAGUAGCUCCUCCAGCCCCCCCAGCCUCGCUGCGCCAGGAUGCUGUGCCGCCCGCCAGCCGAGUAACAGGGGAAAGCGAUCCCAGGACCCCGCAGGGGGACUGGAGUAGUGAGCCACCACAACAGCAGCGGCGGAACUGGCCUUCUGUCCAGCAGCAGCAGCAGCAGCAGCAGCAACAGCAACAACAACCGCAGGAGAGCUCGGGGGAGGACCCGGGCCUCACAAACUCGCAUGAAGUGUGGCAGCGGCUCCCUACAGCCCCCAUGUCGGCUCUAGAGAUGGACGUGCUGCGGCGACACCAACUGGACCUACGAGAGCAGCAGCAACAGCAGCAGCAGCAGCAACAGACUGAGCAGCAGCAGCAACAGGGGCGGCUCAUGAUAUUCGAGUAUCAACAAACCAUGGAAAUGCAGCUGCGGCAGCAACUGGAGACGCGACGGCGAGAGGGGCGGCUAACCCUGCAGGACCUGCAGCUGCUAGAGGCAGAGCAGCAGCAGCAGCAACAGGCGCAGCAACAGCUGCAGCAGGAACAUCUGGAGGCCGGGGUACGGGAGACACGUGGCCAGCAGCAGCAGAGUCAGCUGGGCUUGCUGCCGCCUCCGCUUGCAUCUCUAGAGCACCAGCAGCAGCAACAACAGCAGCACGGGAGCCCGAGGGAAUUGCAGGUUCCUCAGCACCACCUGGGUCAGCUUGCCUCUGUCUCUUCUCCUGGCGACUUAGGUGGAGGGGCCCCUGGGGGCCUCAACUCCAGGCGGUACCCUCAGUGGGCAACAGCAGCAGAUGGGGCCCCCCCCUCCGUGGGGCCCCCCUCAGGCAGCCACCAUCCAAUAGUAAGAAGAGGCGGCGGCUUGACCAGAAUAACUGUUCUUAAUGGGGGCCUGUUCCCCCAGCCCCCGUACAGACAGUUGCUGCAGAGACGUGGAGACGUUGCUGCGUCUCCUCCUCCCUUCGGACUCAGCAGCAACGACAGCCCUCAGCCGCAGCAGCAGCAACCCUACUACUACCAGCAGCAACAGCAGCAAGAGCAGCACCAGCAAGAGCAGCAGCAGCAGCAGCUGCAGCAGCAGGACGAUAGCGGUGGAAUCAGCGGUGCAGCGGACAGGCAUACCGCGGAUCGCCUGCGGCGGAUGGCUUUGGCUGAAGCUGCAGCGGACGCGCCAGGAGGGGCCUGCACUUGCAGCAAGAGCAGCAGUAGCAGCAGCAGCAGCAGCAGCAGUAGCAGUAGCACCAGCAGGAACAGCAGCAGGAGCAGCAGCAGGGGCAGGAAGGGUGGAUGCCGUUGCUCAACGAACGCGGGGGGGAGGCUGUGGCGGCUGGUUUGGUUGCGGGGCUGCGUGAGCGAGACGGUGUCUGUGUGGCUGUCUCCUGAGAACCGAGUGUAUGUACAGCUGCGCGUGCCGCUGCAGACAACGACAUAUAUGGAUUAUCAAGCUGUUGCUGCUUCUCUCAGCAGCAACAUUCAGCUGCAGCCGCGGCGAUGGACACACGUAGGCAUCAGUGUAGGCGUCCCCCUAGGCAGAGGGUUGCCUCUAGGGGUUCGUCUUUAUAUAGACGGAAGAGAUGUUGCUGCUGCACCCAUCAGCAGCAGAUGCUGCCUCUGUCAGGGGCCUCUCCCCUUCUGGGUUGCUCCCCUACCCCUCCCGCUGCGGCUAGAAGAACUGCUCAAGCCGCCGCCACAUCCGCCCCUCACACAGCUGCAGCAGCAGCAGCAGCAGCAGCAGCCGUAUCCUCGCUGCAGAGCACACUCUAUGAAGGGAUUCAUCGCAGACUUGAGAGUUUAUUCUUCUUGUCUCAGCCAGAGAGAGCUGGUGGAGACAGUAAGGGUAACGGACCGGGCCUACGGCGUAGAACGAAUAGCCCAGCUGCUUAACCGCAUGCACAAACAUGACAGAUACAGCAACAGCAGCAACGACAGCAGCAACAGCAGCAGCAACACGAGCAGCAGCACUGAAGACCUAAGCAGCAGCGACGGCAAUCUCCCAAUAGAAGAGCGCGUUGUUCAUCAGAGCAGUGCAGCGGCAAUGCCAGUACAGCAGCAGCAACUGCAGCAACAGCCGCAACACCAGCAGCAACAACAACAACAGCAGCAGCAGCAACUACAGCUACAGCAGCAUUCUCGACAGCGGCAAGAGGACGAGCUGCUGCUGCUGCGCUUGAGCCAAGAUGCUGAGCUGCUGCAGCUGUGGAGGCUGCAGAGAGAGUGGAAUUACUGGGAGGACACACGGCAAUCCUUGGCUGCCGAUCCCCGCACCAUCCUGUGGCGCUACUUAGGUGUACAGACACAGCAGCAGCAGAGCCAACAGCAGCAGCAGAAAAAGAACCAGCAACAGCAGCAGCAGCAGCAGCAGUCCAGGGGAAAGUGGGAGCUCGUGUUGCAGCAUGUGGACUUGCUGCUAAACGAAGAAGUUUUGGGUGCAGUGCUGGCCGUGUUAGAAGAGGGGGGAGAGGCAGUGCAGCAAGGAGACGCAGCAGCAGCAGCAGCAGCAACAGCAGCAGCAGCACCGCAGGGCGGCAGCGGCAGCUCUGUAGAUGGACGGGUCGACAUCGACAGCGUUCACCACUUCAGAAGUCUGCUGCAGCAGCAGGACUUUGGCUCGCAGCAGCCGCAGCAGCAGCAGCAGCAGUUGUCGGCUCUGCGGCGGCGGCUUGCAGCAAACGCAAGCUUGUGGGGAGUUGCUGAGGUGUCUCUACAGCUCUGCCGGGCCCUAACCCAGCUGCUUGUCUCCAUUGGUCCUUGUCUUGAACUCUUCUCUCCUCGCCCCUCUUCUUUCUCUCUCACGCUCCAGGCCUUCAGGCAUCUGCUGCCUGCGAGCUUGAAGCACUGGCUGGUCAACCUGUGUCUUUCUCUAUCUGAGGACCCCCGAGCAGACGGCCGCCUCCGCAUUGCUAUUAACAGGGCCCGCGCGCUGCGGGCGGGGGAGCGAGCAGCAGCAGCAGCGCCUGCUGCCGCUGCUGCUGCUGCUGCUGCUGCUGCUGGUUCCUCUGUUGCUGCUGCGGGUGGAGCCCGUGCUGCAGGAACAACUGCGGCUGACGCCAACAGAGUUUGGUUUGUUGCAUAUGAAGGAGAGGGGGGCAUCGAUGCAGGCGGGCUGUAUAGGGAUCUCUUCUCGCAUGUUGCUGCUGAGCUGCAGACGCCUGGCAGCAGCAACGCUCUGCUGCUGCCCUCAGCGAACAGCCGAGGCUUUGGACAAGAUCAGGACAUGUGGCAGUUGAAUCCGCAGGCGCUGUCUGCUGCUCGUCUGGGUGCGUUCCGCGUGCUGGGGCGGCUGAUGGGCGUUGUGCUGCGGGGCCGUUUGAGCUUGGGGCUGAAUCUGUCUCCUUUGGUGUGGAGACCCCUCGUUGGGCUGUCUCCUGAACCGAAAGACCUCGAAGCUACAGACGCGCUCGCUGUGCAAAUACUUAAGAAAAGGCAAAUAGAAUGA